UUGUUAUUUAAGUAAAACUUAUUGAGUAUUUAUAACAAUCCGUCUAUUCAAAGAACAUUUUUUAUUAGUUAUUUUUUCACAUUUUUCUACUUUUCUAUUUUUACAAGUUUUUAAAGUUUACAAGCAAUAUUUUUUUUUACUUUUCAAAUACAUUCAAAAACUUUCAACAAGUAUUACUUGCUUAUAAACUUCAUUUUAAUUCACUUCUAUUAAGACUGAAGUGAAACUUACAAACCACUCAUUCCUAGUAUCAAGUACAAACUGUUAAUCAUUGUGAAGUAUCGAGUAGCCGAUUUUUAUUUGUAUAUAAAUAAUAUAUGCUAAUAAGUAUAUAAGCCAUCGCGUAAACGAUAGGAAAUCUUAAAACGAUAGUCAAAGAUAAAUUAUUGAGUCGGUGGAAGGAAGAAAAAAUUUAUUAAGUGUACAAAAGCCGAACGGAAAAGCUGUUCUUGGUUUUUACUAAGAAAACUCCCUUCAGAGUGGUUCUACAGAAUUUGAGAACUAAAUCUGGUCCAUCGUGAAAUGAAAAUUGAAGAAUCAUGAAAUCGUGUGUAGUAUUGUUUUUGUUCUCGUUAAUUUUGCAAUCCGCUGUAAGCUCAGUCUUACAGACAUUCGAACAGUGGGAACCAGAGCCCCAUCCUUGUCAAAGAGAAUGUGUCCUAAACGGACCCUCUAAGACGUGCCAAUACCAUUUCAAAGUAGAAUGGUACUACACAAUGAGCAAGGCUUGUUAUGAUUGCCCAUACAAUAUGACCGACUGCUUUAGGCCCGACUGUAUACCCGCCGACGGUGUGGAAAAACCUAUUAUUGUGGUCAAUAGAAGUCUUCCAGGACCUUCGAUACAAGUAUGUUUGGGUGAUACUGUGAUAGUAGAUGUCGAAAAUGGAAUGAUGGAAGAGUCCACGUCGAUCCACUGGCAUGGACAUCAUCAACGCAACUCGCCUUACAUGGAUGGUGUGCCAUACGUGACGCAAUGUCCGGUACCUCCGCAUUCUACCUUCCGUUACAUGUAUGUGGCUGACAACGAGGGGACGCAUUUUUGGCAUUCGCACUCAGGGUGCCAAAGGGGUGACGGUGUUUUUGGAUCGUUUAUCGUUAGAGGAGCCAAAGAGCGAGAUACACACAAAGAUAUGUAUGACGUUGAUGAACAUGUUAUUACUGUUGUCGAUUGGCUGCAUGAACUUGGUAUACGUAAGUUUUUGGCUCAUCAUCACGGUUCUGGAAAUAACAAACCUGACACGUUACUUAUCAACGGAAAAGGCAGGAAUAAAAUAUUUGAAGACGACGGUAUUCGCACACCUUUGGAAAACUUUGUUGUUACUAGAGGAAAACGUUACAGAUUCAGAGUGAUAAAUGCUGGAUUUUUAAAUUGCCCAAUAGUUAUGAGUAUUGAUAACCAUACUUUUACAGUAAUUGCUACAGAUGGAUAUAAUGUACAACCAGUUGUAGUUGACUCAUUUGUCAGUUAUGCUGGUGAGCGUUGGGACUUUGUACUGGAAGCUACAGCAGCUAUUGGAAAUUACUGGAUGCGCUUUAGAGGAUUGAUGGACUGUGAUGAACGAUUUAAUAGUGCUUUUGAGGUAGCCAUUUUGCACUAUAAAGGUGCUGAUGACGAAUUACCACCCGGUGAACCAACAUAUGAAAACUCCGAGCCAUCUGGAAUUCAAUUAAAUGCAUUAAACAAAGGAUCAGGUUUAAUGGAUUCAGCGACUGUAUCAGAAUUGGAAGAUGCAACAACAAUUCACAAUGAUCCACGAUUAUUAUCCAAACCAGAUGUAACUUUGUACAUGUCUUAUGAUUUUUAUUCAUUAGAUAAUCCCUAUUUCCAUAAGCCAAUGUUAUAUGGAUUUAAACAAGUUUUACACAAAACAGAACGUUUAUAUACUCCACAAAUAAAUAAGAUGACAUUUAAGUUACAAUCAUUUCCAUUGCUUUCACAGAGAGAAAUGAUUAAACCUGAAAUGAGCUGUGACAGUAUUAAAAAAAAUUGUUCAAUAGAAUUUUGUGAAUGUACAAAUAUAAUUAAAGUUCCUUUGGGAUCAAUAGUGGAAUUAUUCUUAAUAGAUAAAGGAAUAACAUUUAAUGCAAACCACCCUUUUCAUUUACACGGACAUCCUUUCAGAGUAAUAGCAAUUGAAAGGGUAGGAAAUCACACUUCUGUUGAGGAAAUUGAACAAAUGGAUAGAGAAGGAAAGAUAAAAAGAAAUUUACUUACUGCACCUUUGAAAGAUACAGUUACAGUACCUGAUGGAGGAUUUACAAUAGUACGGUUUAUAGCUGAUAAUCCAGGCUAUUGGCUUUUUCAUUGUCAUAUUGAAUUCCACGUUGAAGUAGGAAUGGCUACUGUAUUUAAAAUAGGAGAAGAUUCAGAUAUGCCAUUACGUCCUCUUGGAUUUCCAAAAUGUGGAAAUUAUGAUGCAAAUGGAAUAUACUCAUACUCAGAAGCAGAAAAUGAAUUAUCUGAUGCAAAUGAUUUUAGACAAAGUAAUGUACUGGGAGAAGGAACAAAAGAUAGUUCUAAUGAUAUGUUAAAUACAAUAAACAAAUGGUGGCCAUUUAUAGGAGGUGCUCAUCCAUAUGUAUCAAGUUCUAGUGUUAAUACACCAAUUUCCAUUAAUUUCUUAAGUCUAAUUUUAUUAACAAUAUUUUAUUACAAUUCAUAUUUAUAAUAAUAUUAUUUAAAUAGUUUUAAGUUGUAAUUUUGUAAACUGUGAUAUAUUAAAUGUAAAUAAAACAAACUAUAUACUUAAUAAAUCAUUUUGAAGAAUUUUCUUGA